CUCACCUGCGACCAUCUACUCUGUGUUGUGGAGGAGUGAAGUCAGGAUUUCAAUGGCAGGAUACCAGCUCUGGUCACCAUGGACUCCACUGGAUGAGAACUUGAGAUGGUUGCGGCGCACAACACCUACCUUUUGCUCCAAACACCCUUUUAGAGUCUCUCAUUUCCUCUCACAGAGCCCUUCUGAACUUGAAGUACAAAGGUGUUUUCAGGAAGUCGCUGUAAUCUUAGAUAGCCCACCAGUGGAAAAUGGAGAGAGUCUGGAAUCACCUGGCCAAGCAUCACAGCAAGAGACCAGUGACAAGAAGAAUGGAUUGCUUAGGAAGCCCGAGCCCAUCCGCCUCAUUGGAGUGGAUGCUGUCUUUGGAAGGGUUAUUACAGUCCAGCCACCCAAGUGGACUGGAACCUUCAGAGUUUCAGACACAUCAGCCUUCUGCAAAAUUAUCAGCAAGGAGCAACAGUGGCCCACUGGACUCAAGGAUCCUCAGAUUGAGAUGAUAGUGGCUAUGUGCAAACAGAUGCUACGUUCGAUCCUCCUCCUAUAUGCAAUAUACAAAAAGUGCACCUUUGCCCUGCAACACUCCCAGUAAAGGGUCCCAACCUGACUCCUGUACUUCACUCCACACUCCAGGGUCUGUACCCAGAGCUUACACAGACAUGUCCAUGUAAAUUGAUCUGUAAUAUCAUGCCUGAUAUUUUGUACAUCCUUCAAGCUGUGACAACCCAGAAUUUCCUCCCCUACUUUCUCUUUAGAAUCAGUCAACGAAUCUGAGCAAGGAAGAGCAUUCCUGCUGAACAGACAUUUAAGAGUUAAACUACCAUCGGCUUGGUCAUGCAGUAAAGAACUCUUAAACAAACCACACAAACCAGCCAAUCUAGUGGGAACACACUUAAGUUCCAAAGCUAAUGAAGAGCUGGAGACAGAAAGGAAACGUUUAAAGAAGACAUGCAUGGGUUUUCUGUAUACCAGAAGAUGAAGGGAUCAAAAAUCAAAAUCUUUGUGUGGGUUAAGGACUAGUUUGAGAUCAGCCUUCUAUCAUCAAACAGAUGAUAACAACAAACCCUAACUGUACAACCCUAAUACCAAUGUGGGUAAAAGUAUUAACAAUAUUAAUCUUUACAGCUUGACUAGGAAGAAAUUGGUAGCAGCUUUGAAACUGAACUUUUUUGUUGAAGACAGGAGAGUCCCUGUUUUUAGCUCCUGGUGUACUA